GCUGCUGCGGUCUGAAACAAUCGCUGAGCUUCCAGUCGCUGCUGCAGUCGUUUAUUCGGUUAAAUACAGAAGGCAGUCGAAUAAUCGGCGCUCGGAGGUAGCGCGAGCUCUGUGUUUUUUAUUAGUUUUUUUUUUUUUUUUUUUUUUUUUUAAUAAUAGCGUCUUUAAAAAAAAAAGGGCAAACAAACAAAAAAACAGAUUUUCCUGUGGCAGUUUGUGUUUUCUUUCCCCCCCUCAGCCGUCAUGGCUCUUCUGAUGGAGCACCAGUUCAAGCAGCUCCCAGCGGACAGACAGGUGGAAACACGGCCCUUCCUCGAGGCGGUCUCCUACCUGCCGCCCUUCUUCGAUUGUCUCGGCUCCACUGUUUUUGCCCCCAUUAAGGCUGACAUCGCUGGGAACAUAACCAAAAUCAAGGCAGUGUACGACAGCAACCCGAGUCGAUUUAAGACGCUGCAGCAGAUCCUGGAGGCUGAGAAGGAGAUGUACACGGCUGAGUGGCCCAGAGUAGGAGCUACACUCUCCCUCAUGUGGCUCAAAAGGGGGCUGCGCUUCAUUCAGGUCCUCCUGCAGAGUUUAGUGGACGGUGAGAAGGAUGAGAACAACCCCAACCUGAUCCGAGUGAACAUCACUAAAGCCUAUGAGAUCUCGCUGAGAAAAUACCACAGUUGGUUCGUGCAAAAACUCUUCAAAGCGGCGAUGUAUGCUGCGCCGUAUAAGUCGGACUUCCUGAAGGCGCUAUCUAAAGGGCGGGAGGUUAAAGAGGAGGACUGCCUGGACAAAGUGCGCCAGUUUCUUAUCAACUUCACCGCCACCAUCGACGCCAUCUACGAGAUGUACACCAAGAUGAACGCCGAGCUCGAGUACAAAGCCUGAGCUGUGGUUCUGCCUUCUGAUCGGCUCUCAUCAGACCGAUCUGUGUUCUGAUUGGACCACAUCUCUCUCAGGGUUUCUCGGAGCCUCUCGUUUAUUGUUUAUUUUCUGUUCUGUAAUGGAAAUGUGGCCCAUCCCGAUGGAGAGUGCUGACUCUUAUUCAGGACACUGCUGUGUGAAUACAGGUGUCAGUUUGAUGUGUUCAGUGUAAAGUAGUAAUGAGUCACAGCAAGUGGACAUGUGAUAGAAUCUCAAUGAGGUUUCCUUAUAAAUUAUUUUAACAUAUUAUUGGAAAUGACGUUAUAUUUAUUUAAAAAAAAAAAAGACUAAUACAUUUAUGGUGACUCUACUUACAGGAUAGUGGAGGACCAAUACACUGUGCAAAGCAACAGAUGGACAGGAGUCAGUAACUCAGCACUAGAAGUGUGUUUUUUAAUUGCGCAAGGAAUUCUGAAUAAUACUGCCUGCUCCCACAGUUAUUAUUUUUGGUUGCGUCUGCCUUUUCCUUUAAAAAACAAAAACAAAACAAAAAAUUUAGCUGGCUCGGCUCUGUUUACUGGAAUAACCUCUGUGACAGUAGCCAGGGUUAAGCAGUUACUAAAGAUGAAUGAAUUAUUAUCAUGUAAUUAACAAGCUUCAUAUCUGACUGCCCACUCAGUCACAUGACCAUACGUUCACAUUAGCAAGAGACAAACUUGCAGAUUCAUUAUCCAAGUGAAUGGUACCGAGGUUAUGUGGUAUGUUGUUAAGGCUGUUUUUUUGUUUUGUUUUUUUACAGUACAAUUGUAACGAUUUAUGUGCUGGAAAAAAAUUGAUAAAUGCUGAAAGAUGAUGGAAUUUUGUUGAAUUUGUGCAUGGUUUAAUGCUUUUCUUACUCAGAAGUUUGGUUAUGUGUUGUGCUUUCAUUUCAACUUCUAAGUCAUGUGGUGUUAACAAGAUUUUAAAUCUAUUUGGUGUGUGUGUGUGUGUGUGUGUGUGUGUGUGUGUGUGUGUGUGUGUGAGAAAGAGAGAGAGAAUGAUAUGAUGUUUAUGUGAAUGAGUUAAUAAUGAUGCGCAAUAAAACUACACUUGUGUUUGUAACUCA